AUGGUCCUAGGCCUCCUAUCCAUAGCCUCCAUACCAACCGUGACAGGCACAGCACUGGCCGUCGGCGAACAGCGCAAAGCGAACGAGCGCAAGAACGACGCGCGCCGCAUGGCCAAGUUCCAUAUUGAUGCUGAAUGUACGGGUGAUACGCAAGAGGAUUGUGAGGUAAAUGGGAGGAGGGUUGUAUUACGGGAUAAUAAGGUCUAUUUACAAAAUGCGCGGUCUUCUUCGACAUCGCAAGCGCAGUCGCAGUCGCAUACGGCAGAAUGCUUUUACAUCGACUACCCCGAGACCGAGGAGACGAAGCAUCUAAAACGAGGGCUGGGGCUUGUGACCACCAUAUCCAAUAACCCACCCGCAUUAGGCUGGAUAUACGUGGACAAGAACACGCACCAACUCAAAUACGGAAACCGCUCGCAGAGCAUCGAGCAUGUUGUCGGGCCGUGGGAUUGGACAGGCGAUGAGAAGACGGUGGUAUUGGAAGAUAAAAGUGCAUUUGUGGCUGUGGAGGAGGAAGAUGGGUCUGGAUGGGGGGUGUAUUUUGAUAGAAAUGGGGAUGAGUUGGAAGGUGUUUUGGAGAAGCAAGGGAAAUUAGAUAAUGCGUUUACACCGGUGGUGUUGAAGAGGAACUUAAUUGGGUAG